AUGGACGACAACAUCGACCGCCUCCGCGAGGAAAUUGCGCAACGGGAAGCAGAGCUUGCCGGGCUGAAAUCGCGCCUGGCGGCGGCCGAGCAGUCCCGACAGCAGCAGCAGCAGCAGCAGCAGCAGCAUCAUCACCAUCAUCAUCGUCAGCACGUCGAGCCGUGGAAGUGGCCGCUCGAGGCGCUCGAGUAUCAACGCUAUGGCCGCCAGAUGAUUGUCCCCAAGUUCGGACUUGAAGCUCAGCUGAGACUGAAAAAGGCCAGGGUGCUCCUCGUCGGCGCGGGCGGGCUCGGCUGUCCGGCCGCGGCCUAUCUCGCCGGCUCUGGCGUCGGGGCUCUCGGCCUCGUGGACGGGGACACGGUCGAGCUGUCCAACCUGCACAGGCAGGUGGCUCACUCGACGAGCCGUGUCGGGAUGAGCAAGACCGAGAGCGCAAUCGCAUUUCUACGAGACUUGAACGCCGGCGUCACCUACGAGGGGCAUGGCGUCCACCUCACGGCGGACAACGCAGAGGACAUCGUCUCGCGAUACGACCUGGUCCUAGACUGCACCGACCGCCCCGCCUCUCGCUACCUCAUAUCCGACAUUUGCGUCCUCCUCGGCAAGCCGCUGAUCUCGGCGUCUGCGUUCCAGACGUCCGGCCAGCUCAUCGUCCUGAACAGCCCCCCGGGCCGGGGCCCAUGCUACAGGUGCGUCUUCCCGAAGCCGCCGCCGCCCGAGACCGUCGUGGGCUGCGGCGAGGGCGGCAUCAUCGGGCCCGUCGUGGGCGUCAUGGGCGUCCUGCAGGCCCUGGAAGCCGUCAAGCUCAUCUGCCGCGGCGGGCCGGAAGCAGGGCUGGAAGCCAGCCCGGACGAGGAGCGUCAUCACCAUCAGCAGCAGCAGCAGCAGCACACCAUGCUGCUCUUCAGCGGCAUGGCGGACCACUGUCCGUUCAGAUCGGUCCGGAUGAGGGGCAAGCGCCAGGGCUGCUUCUCCUGCUCGGAAAAUCCCCAGCUCACGGCCGACUACCUCAAGACCGCCAUGGACUAUGUCCAGUUUUGCGGCUCGACGCGACCUGUGCAGCUGCUGCCGCGCCAGGAGCGCAUCAGCGCUCAAGAGUACCGCCUGCUAAGCGAAAGGGGAACGAAGCACGUGUUGCUGGACGUUCGGGAGAGGGAGCAUUUCCACUUGGCCCAUAUUCCGGGGUCCAUCAAUGUCCCCAUGAGCCGCUUCACCAGUCUCGGCAGCAGGGACGCUCUUCCGGAGGAGUUCCCGCGAGACCUGCCUGCCCACGUGCCAGUGUAUGUUGUCUGUCGGGUCGGCAAUGACUCGCAAGUCGCUGCCCGCAGACUGAAAGAACUGGGGUUGAGCCGCAACGGUGAACGCUUCGUAGGUGACAUAGUAGGAGGGCUAAGAUCAUGGAAGGAUACAGUCGACGGCUCGCUGCCCUUUUUAUAG